AGGCGCUGGUAUUAGAGCACCAGAAACAAAAGGAGUGAAAGGAGCUGGGAGAGGGGGUGAUGGAGGGAAGAACUAGAGGAGAGGACAUUCUGGAGGAGCUGGAAGCUCAGGGCAACGUGUGGAAUCACACGUUCAAAUUCGUAACCUCCAUGUCCCUCAAGUGUGCCGUGGAGCUCGGCAUCCCGGACGCCAUCCACAGCCACGGCGGCCCCGUCACUCUCUCCGAGCUGGCCGCCAUGCUAUCCCUGCCUCCCGGCCGAACAGCCGCCCUGCGACGCCUCAUGCGCAUGCUCGUCCACUCCGGCUGCUUCUCCAAGUGCGUCGUGGGAGACGGAAAAGAGGACACGUACGUCCUCACGCUCUUCUCGAAACUUCUGCUGAAGGCGAAGCGGACGAGCGUGUCGGCCUACGUGCUCGGCAUGCUCGAUCCCCUCCUCAUCCAAACGUGGCACUCCCUGAGCGCGUGGUUCCAUGGGGAAGAGCGCACGCCAUUCCGGUUAGCCCAUGGGAAGGAUGUCUUCGAGGCGGCGGCGGAGCGGCCGGAACUCGCCGCUUUCCUCAACGCGGCGAUGGCGAGCGACUCCCAGCUGGUGGGGGAAGUGAUGGUGAGGGAGUGCAGCGAGGCAUUCAAGGGGGUGAAGUCGCUGGUGGAUGUUGGGGGGUGCACCGGGACCAUGGCGAUGAUCAUCGCCGAGGCCUUCCCGGACAUCAAGUGCACCGUCUUCGACUUGCCUCACAUCGUGGCCGCGGCUGCUGCCGAAGUUAAGACUCCGGCGACGGUGGAUUUCGUCGGAGGGGAUAUGUUCGAGCGUGUUCCUCCGGCCGACGUAGCGCUGUUGAAGUGGGUCUUACAUGAUUGGAGUGAUGAUGACUGCGUGAAGAUAUUGAGGCGUUGCAAAGGGGCAAUUCCCUCGAAGGAGAAUGGAGGGAAGCUGAUUAUAGUGGACAUGGUUGUGAAAGCUGGUGAUGAUGGCUCUAACAAGUCAACAGAGACUCAACUCUUUUUUGAUAUGUUAAUGAUGGUUGUUAGUGGCGGAAUGCAAAGAGAUGAGGAAGGGUGGAGAAAAAUUUUCCUUGAUGCUGGUUUUUCUGGCUACAAAAUAAAGCCAGUGAUGGGAUUACGCUCAAUAAUUGAGGUCUAUCCAUGAUCCACCAUGAGAUCCAAAUAUACUGCCAUAAUAAGCACCAUGGUGCCUUUCUAGGAGCUUAUUAUCCAUUAGUUGGGUUCCAAGAGAAUUUUUCAUAUUUAUUGUGUGUAACUUAAAAGUUUUGGAUAAUUUUAUAAUGGUAACUUCACGGA